CGGGAGCUGCCGCCGUCGGCACCGCAGCAGCACUCGGCGCGUCCGGCGGGGCGGGGAGGGCUGAAGGCGACAGCGACAGCAGCAGCGGCGGCGGCAGAAGCAGCAGCAGCAGCAGGAGGAGAAGGAGAAGGAGGAGACAGCGGUUCUCGCCUUGCACCGGCCGGUGCGGAGCGGGACCAGGGCACCUGUGCCCGGCGGCUCCGCGCAGGUGGUGGCCGGAGGCCGGCGCGGGGCGGCCGCAGACCCCGCCGUGCAUGAGCGACGGGACGCAGCCGCCGGCGGUGGCUCUGCCUGUGCCCCAGAGCGAGGCGCUUUCCGCCCGGCUGCCAUUGUGGUGCAGCCCUCGCACUUGGCCGGGGAUAUUCCUUAUAGUUAUUCAUAUCCAGGACCCAGUGUAUAAUGGGGAGAAAACUGGACCUUUCUGGCUUGACUGAUGAAGAAGCAGAGCAUGUGCUCCAGGUGGUUCAGCGAGAUUUCAGCCUCCGUAAGAAAGAAGAGGAAAGGCUGAGUGAAAUGAAGCAGAAGUUGGAUGAAGAGGGUAACAAGUGCAGCAUCCUUUCCAAGCAGCAGAAGUUUAAUGAGCACUGCUGCAUUCGCUGCUGUUCCCCUUUCACAUUUCUUAUCAACAGCAAGCGACAGUGCCAAGACUGCAAGUACAACAUCUGCAAGAGCUGCAGCACUUACCAGAAGAAGGAGAAGGCUUGGAUUUGCAGUGUCUGUCAGCAAGCAAGGCUCCUAAGGACCCAGUCUCUGGAUUGGUACUAUAAUAAUGUCAAAAGCCGCUUUAAGUGUUUUGGAAGUGCCAAGGUCCUGAAGAACUUGUACAAGAAGCAUAGACUGGAAAGUGGUCUUUGUCCUGAUGCAAUAGCAGAAGGAAGUUUGUAUGAAGGAAGCUUUGAGAAUGAAGGAAGCAUUUGUGGCAGUGACUCUACCUUCUACCAACAGACAGAAGGACACAGCAUGAUGGAUACCCUUGCUGUGGCCUUACGUGUUGCAGAGGAAGCAGUGGAAGAAGCUAUUUCUAAGGCAGAGACCUACAGUGACAGCCUGGACAAGCAGAAUGAAGCUUGUUACUUGCAGGAGCACAAGGAGGACCUCAUAGAAGAGCUGGCCACAACCAUUGUGCAGAAGAUUAUAAAGAAGCAGAAAAGCAAACCCGAGCAGGCCGAGGCCGACUUGGAAUGGCCGCCAUCGCGAAGCAGCGGCUUGGCGUCCGGCGCCGUCUCAGACCAGAGCAUGCUUACGUUCCCAGGGAGCCGCAGGGGCUCCUACACCUUGUGGAGGUCUCAGUCUGCAUUCUCCCUGGCUAGUGAAGAUAUGGCCAGUAAAGGACAAGACCCUGCAUCAUCUGUGGCCGAGGCUCUUGGGAGGCAGCAAAAGGGACAGUCCAGGAAGCAGAAGGAACGCAAGCGCUCUGCUUUACCCAGCUGGAAGAGUGUAGACAGGCUAAAUGAAACAAGUGACCAAGCGCUGGAACAGGUUGCCCAGAGAUGCUGUGGAGUCCCCCUCGCUGAAGAUAUUCAAGAACCUGGAUGCAAUCCUGUGCCAUGUGCAGGUCCGCCUUCUGUUUUCCAAAGCACCGAUGGAAACUGGGUGGCUUUGCAGAAUGUCACUCUGCCUCGUCCUCGAAUGCUCGCCAAACCAAAGAGUCAGGUGUUCAAAGCUUUGGAGAACGAGUCCAGCAUUGUGUCUGCCUAUGACGAGAUGGGCUCGGACAGUGAGGAUGACUAUGACUGGAACGUGGCCUUGAACAAGCUGCGGCGGAGACCUCGACAAUUGCCAGAUGACUUCUAUUACUCCAAUUCCCAGUAUGGCACCGAGUGGGUUUAUAGCAACGAUCAGCACCAGGCAGUAACCUCCCCCUCCUCUGGGUUAUACACCAAUACUGAGACACUGUUCUCCGAUUCGGAAACAUCUUCAGUAAACUCUUCCCAGGAAGCUAAAGGACCUAGCAAACUUCUCUGGUUGCAAAGCAGAACUCAAAGUGAUAUGCCCAGAAUGGAAAAGAAGCACUUCCAUGGGGAACUAGAUGUAAAUUUCAAUCCACAGGCAACUAGCUUGGAGUAUUCGGACAGCAGUGAGACUGAAGGAGUCCAUUAUGAUUUAGAAAAGAGAUCAAGAAGGUGGAAAAAGAACAAAGCCAUCUCUGAAGAUUUAUGUGAAGAAAAGAAUCAGGCAAAAGCCAACAAGAUGAAUUUAAGUCAGGAUUUUGAUGAUUUAUCAGAAACAGAUAUAAGCAACGAGGAUCAGCACCAUGAUGUCAAGCCUGAACUUAUGGAGGAUGAGCUUAAAUCCAGGUUAUUUCAGCUUGCUGCUAAAAUGAGUGACAAGGAAACAUCAUCUGGUGAAGAACAAGAGUCAGAACCUGGAAUAGAUCUGGAAAACCAGAAGGAGAGUUUGUCCUCAGAGGAAAAUGGCAGAAGUAUCCAGGAAGAGUUAAAGAAGUUUACAGGUAAGAUUUUCCCUCAAGAAUCCCAGGCCCUUGAGACCUCUGGGAAAGCCUGGAGCAGUGAAGGCUUAUCCUUGGUAGAGGAAGAUGAUGAAAAACAAAAGGCUUUUGAUCUUCAUUUAAAGCUGCAGUUUUUAUCCACUGUAUUGCAGCAGAAGUACUCUGCUGUCUCUCUCUGCAACAUAUCUACAGAAGUCCUGAAAGUCAUCAAUGCCACUGAAGAACUGAUAGCAGAAUCCACAGAUCCCUGUGACUUCCCAGACGACAUUCAGGACAGAGGAAGAGGAACCCUCCCACUGGGCACAGAUCCUGUCAGACUCGAUGAGCAGCUCACCACACUGGAAGAAAAUGUGUACCUGACAGCCAGCACGGUGUAUGGACUGGAGGGGCAGCUGACCAACCUGGAAGACGCCGCACGCAAGAUCAACAGUGUGACUGAGGAAUCUGAGCUGGCCGAUCUGGAGGAUCAGGUGGCCACAGCAGCUGCCCAGGUUCAUCAUGCAGAGCUUCAGAUUUCAGAUAUUGAGAGCAGAAUAUCAGCUCUCACUGUUGCAGGCUUGAACGUGGCUCCCUGUGUUCGCCUGACAAGGAAACGGGAUCAAAAGCAAACAAACCAGAUGCAUACAAUAGACACAUCAAGACAGCAGAGGAGAAAACUUCCAGCUCCACCAAUAAAAGGUGAAAAAAUAGAUGGCUCUCCAGUUACCACUGUCAGAACGUUUAACAGAAACUUCAUGCUUCAAGGAUCUCUAACACAAAGAACUAAAGAAAGGAAAAGCACUGCCAAGGACUUAAUGGAACCUGCUAUAGGAUCUGCUGUGAUGUACUAAACUUACUCUUCCCUACUGCCAAUAACACACUGCCUAAGGCUGUACACUAGAGUGCCUUUUCUUAACAGCCAUUGUGUAUGUCCAGCUGAAAAUGGACCCUCAAGAACCCACAGAGCCUCAGUUAUAGGGCUUCAUUUGGAUACCUCACUGGGAAAGCUGUCCAAGUCUUCAGCAUUGUGGUCCGCUACAGGAAACUCUGCCUUAAAGUUCUCAGAGGACUCUAGACAGGAUGCUAUGUUUCAAAAGCAAGGCUCCACAUUUUAAGAUGCACUUUUUCUCCCUCUCGAUUGUACUGAAGUAUGUAGUCUUUAAACUGCAGUAUGUUUUUGUACACUCAAUCAGUCAUAAUUACAGGCCAGGUAAUCUGCCAAAGCAGACCUGUGAUCCAUAUUUGCUGGCCUCUUACUAUUCAUGUGGGCAUCUGUCUUGUCGAGCAAUAAGAACAACUCUGUGCAGUGUGUGCUGCUUUUCAGCUGCAGGGAGGGAGAGGAGAAUUUGUGUACCUCGCUCUGCUCCCAGGGAGUCAGUGGAAGUCUUGGGAGGGUUGGUAGGAGGAAGAAGACUUCUCUGUUCUCUGAGACUACAUCUCACAGAUUGAAUGUUCCAGCUCCAGAGCUAGGGGUGUUGCUCUAGGCAGCAGGGGUGUCAUGCUGAACCAGGAACUGCUGGCCACACAUGUGGACCAGAUGUCUGCUGAGCUGGGAUCCCAGUGUCUGGAAACAUCUGAACACUGUUAAAGAAACCAACACCUUCAUACGUCUUGUUCUUGGCAGCACUGUCCACUUCAUGGUGGCCAACCGUGCUGUAGUUCAGAAUAAAUUGUGUCCAAACCUUUAAGAUUGGAAAAAAGAGGUGAAAGUGUUGGGGAUGAGAUCUCUGCUGAAUGACUGAUGGUUGUGGGGUGGCUGCAGCUUGCAAGAGAUUCCUCUCUGAUGUUCACUGGUGUUUCUGAGAAGGAGGCAAAUGUAGCCCAGACAUCAGUUCCUAUACUAGUCUGGAGCCACUAGCAAGUAGCUUGGCCUUUUGCUGGUGCCACAUGGACUCCACUACUACUGGACCACUCUGAAUUGGAUUGUGAAUAGUAAUAUUCUUUCCUUCAUUUCUUGAGACCCUUAACUAGAGUGAGUCAAACUAGAAGGCCCUUUGGCAGAUGCCCAGGAGGGAGGAUGCUGCUUACAGGGUGUCCCUCUCACCCUUUUGAGGGAGAACAUUGCCAAUUUGUGCAUUUUUUUGCUCUGAAGAAUACAAAGAAGGUAGUCAGAGGAGGUGAUAAGCCAGUGAAUCCCUUACCUUCCACACCAGUUGCAGAGCAGGUACCCAAGUGCAGAUGGGGUUGAUGUGAAAUGUGCUGUGAAGGAAAGCAUGGGCUGGCAAGUUCCCCUCGGCAUUAAGGAGGGGUGAGCUCUCCCAACAGCUGUGGGUACCAGGAAGGAGGAGAGUUCCUUCGUUCCCUGGGCUCCUAGUGAACACCCACAAGCAGAGCACCACAUGAUACCUGCCAUGCAGCAGGAAAGCAGUUCCCUGGGACACCAGGCCAUGAAAUGUCUGUGGCUGGGCAAAUACAAGCAAAACUGGGCAAAUUUCCUGACUAGGCUGAAUUAGGGGGUUGAGUGGGGGAGAAAAGAAAUGGCUGGAUGGGUUGAUUGGAAAGACAGUGCCAGUUGCAAAUCUGCCAUCCACAUUUGACAUCUAGCUUGUCAGUACUCUGAUGUCCAGCUGCAUGUGAGGAACCCUUGGAAUUAAUACAACCAUCUUCCCACUUAAAAUACAUAAGUGUGACUCCAUUCCUUCAAGGAAUUUUCAUCUGCCCAAGAUUUGACCCAAUGUCUCCAUCCUGGGUGAAAUUAGGCCUUCUUUUACUCUCACACAAUAUUAGUUCUCUCAAAUUGGUUUGCACAGAUGUGAGGGAAAAAUUUGGCCCACUCUGUUUAAUAUAUAAAUAUAUAUAUAAAACAAAAAGAUUUUAUUUAUAUAUGCAAUCCAGUAAAGGAAAUUAAACAGAGUAGGAUGCCUAGUAAUUUUUUGUUUUUCAGUCUCCUCCUCCAUUGACUGUUCUUGUGUAUGUAUACAAUACAUUCCCAGGUUCUGGUUUAUGCAGGUAUGCGUGUUAUGAAAUGUCAUUAAUGGUGGUUGGUCUGCAUAUUCGUCUAAUAAAUAAUAACUAAUAUUGUGUAUGUAAUAUCAAUACAGAAAUGACUAAUUUUAAUAGAAUAACUCUCUGGCUUUUGUUCUGUUAGUGUGAUUUAAACAAGCCAACAAAGUUUGGAGUAGGUUUUCCUUAAGAGGCAUGAAAAGCAACUAUUAUCGUGUUACAAUGUUAAAAUAUUCAGUCUUCUUUGACAGACAAAUGUGUACUGUGUAGGCAUUGCAAAAAAAAAAAAAAACUUAAAAAAAAUCCCACCUGCUCUAAGCAUUUGAAUUUUUACAAAUGUUUAUUGUGCCAAAUAUGUGCAAAGAUAUAAUUUACUGUUUUAAAAAAUCAUAAAAGCAUAUGUUAUAGCACACAAAGAAUUAUUUUGUCAUCAGGUGAUUUCAAUCUUUAGUGUUAAUAUUUAUAUUUAGAUUAAUUUUUAUAAAUGAAAAUAUUUUAAUGGGUAAAAUGAAGACUAUAUGACCUAUUUGAUUAAGUCUGAGUGAAUAUUAAGCUUGCCUUGUUGUUGUUAUCUGCAUACUCACCAAGAAUUAUUGUCAAGAGAAAUUAUAAAAGAGUAAAAGCGAUUUAUGAAAAGAAUGCCUUUUCAACGACUUGAUUUAUAAAGAAAACCAAAAAUUU